UGGCAGUUUUUGGCUCAACUGUCUGUUUAGAAGGGAUUUAGCCAAGUUUCAUUUGGGAAUUGAUUGGUGAAAAUGCAGUCCAACUUCUUCAUGGGAAACCAGGGAAUUAAACAAUCAGAUGGUUUCUAAAUUUAUGUACCAAGAGAAGAUAGCAACAAAAUCCAUAAUCAAUAGCAGGAGAUUGCUUAACAUGAUGGUGAAAACUAUGAGCCAUGUUUAACCCCUGGGUGGCAUGGUUAGGAGUGCUGCUGCUGUUGAUCGUGUCCACUCAUUCAGCCCCGAAGCCAGCAAUGCCUCCAGUGAUCACGAAAAGACCUUUCAACAUUUUCUGGGCUGCCCCAACAAUGCAGUGUCAGCAUUUCUUCAGUGUGGAUCUGAAUCUUCAGUUAUUUAAUAUUAUAUCAAAUCCUUUGGAGACUCAGAGUGGAUCGACAAUUGCCAUAAUUUAUCCAAAUGAAUUAGGGUAUUAUCCUUAUUUCUCUCCAGAGGGAAAAUCCUUUAAUGGAGGGAUACCACAGAACAUGAGCCUUCCUACACACCUGAGGAAGGCCGCUGGUGACAUUGCAAAAGUUUUUCCUUGGUGGAGAUCAGAAGGUCUUGUUAUCAUUGACUGGGAAAGCUGGAAGCCACAAUGGGACAGAAAUUGGGGUAAUAGGGUAAUAUAUAAAAACCACUCUUUAGACUUUACUAGAAACCACCAUCCUGAUUGGUCAGAAAUGAAAGUGAGAACAGUUGCCCAAAAGGAAUUUGAAACUGCUGGAAAGAGUAUUAUGAAUGCUACUCUCACACUGGCUUUAGAAAUGAGACCAAAAUGUUUAUGGGGCUUUUAUCUCUAUCCAGACUGCUACAAUUAUGAUUAUAGGAUAAAUCCGCAGACCUACACAGGUAAAUGCCCGAGUGACGAAAUUUUCCGCAACGACCAACUCCAGUGGCUAUGGAAAAAAAGCAGAGCACUUUAUACUUCAGUGUAUUUGGAUAAGAUAUUGAAGUCAAAUUUAAAUGCUUUGAAAUUUGUUCAUUAUCGAGUUAGAGAAGCUAUGAGAAUUGCUGAAAUGGCUAAAGAUGACUAUGUUUUACCAGUUUUUAUUUUUUCCAGACCAUUUUAUUUGCAUGGUAUUGAAGCUUUGUCACAGGAGGACUUAGUGCAUACAAUUGGUGAGAGUGCAGCAUUGGGGGCAUCAGGAGUAAUAUUGUGGGGAGGAUAUGACUAUUCUGCUACAAAGGAGACCUGCUUGUCUGUGAAAAAAUUUAUUCAAGGGCCAUUGGGCCAUUAUGCUGUUAAUGUGACAUCUGCAGCCAAACUCUGCAGUCAGAGUCUAUGUAACAAUAACGGAAGAUGUGUUCGAAAAACAUCUGAAUCCUCCUCCUAUCUGCAUAUGCUGGGAAGUAUCAGUAAGAAAUAUGGCCCAAGCAAGAGACUGAGAGUCAUCAUUUCCGCAGCCAACAAACUGAAGACAAUAAAGGACAUGAAGGGUGGGUUUGCGUGUCACUGCUAUCAUGGCUGGCAUGGAGAGUCUUGCCAGCAUCUUUCUUCAGAUGUCCUGAGAGGGAAGAAUAAGGCCUGUAUUGCUAACUUUAAAUUAUCAGUUUUUCUCAGCAUGAUCUCAUCUGUGAUUCUCUUCAUUUUUCUACCCCCAUGACAAUGUCAUUUUUUGCUUGAAAUUCUGAAAAGCAGAAAAUGCUGUUUUUUUUUCCCCUUUAACUUCAAUAUACUUCUAAAAUAUUUGCUCUGUUUGAAGUGAAGGAAAAAAAAAAAGGAGGGAGUGGGUGGGUGGGUACUCUUUGGCUCUAUAGAGUCAUUAGAUAGAGCAAUUCUUUCCUGGAUGCUUACCUCAUGCGAGGCUCUAAAGAUAAGGAUGUGAAUGUACCAAAGUCUCUGUCCUUGGGGAACUUAAAUUCUUGUGAGGAGAUGAACGAUAAUAAACAAAUUCAUUUGUA